AUGAACCUCAGCAGCUGCAAUAUCACAGCCUAUGAAAACUUUCCGCUUGUCCAGCUGUGCAUUUACAUCCCAGUUUUGCUUUUGGGCAUUCUACUGAACAUGUUGGCGCUGUGGGUGUUCUGCUGCAAACUCGACAAAUGGACAGAAACCAGAGUAUACAUGGUCAACUUGGCUGUGGCUGACUGUUUGCUGCUCUUUACUUUGCCUUUUAAAACUUUCUCCCAGUUCCAUCAGCUGAAGGUAGGCGGAUGGUGCCUGGUUCUGGAAGGCUGCUAUUUCAUAAACCGCUUAAUGAGCAUCAGUAUCAUCACAGUCGUAGCAGCUGAUAGGUACCUCGCAAUCAAGUACCCUUUGAAAGCCAAGGUGCUGAGGUCGCCGCUGAAGGCAGCUUUUGCCUCUGGACUUCUUUGGAUAGUCAUCAUCUGUGUGAUGUCCCUCAUUAAAAAGUUAGAGGACCGAGGAGAAGAUGAAUUUUGCUUUGAAAAAUCUUCCAUUAAGCCCUCAGUGAUCACACUGUGUGCUAUUAUUGUAGGGUUUUUCAUCCCAUUGACCAUCUUGAGUUAUUGCUCCAUACGAGUCAUUGCAGAACUCACGAGAAAGAAGAAUGAGAAGUGUCAUGAGGAAAAGCUGAUCAGGAAGGCUGUCUAUAUCGUGUCUGCCAACAUGGCUGUGUUCAUCAUAUGCUUUUUACCUCUUUACCUCGGGCAUCUCCUUCGCUUUAUAAUGGACUCCAUCAGCUCCAACUGCUCUGCAAUACAGAGGGUUAAUAAUUUUGUUCACCUCGCCUCAGUCCUUGCCAACACAAACUGCUGCCUGGAUGCUAUUUGCUACUACUUUGUCAACAAGGAAUUUAAGGAAGCAUCUCCCAAGCUAGCGAAGUCCAAAUCUGAAGCCAGUGCUUCAGUGAAAUUCAGCUCCCAUGCAUAA